AGACAACCUCACCCAUCUCGAAGCGCCCAAUUGAACCCGCAACGAUGGCCUCCGACGCGAUUACUGAGCCGCGGCAGGCGACCCGCGAGGAGAUGCGCGAUGCUAAACUCCCCAUUGCCUACCGAGACAGCUGCGCACACCUCUUGAUCCCUCUCAACAAGUGCCGAAGGGAUACUUGGUAUGCCCCCUGGAAGUGCACGGAUGAGCGACACAGCUACGAAAAGUGCCAGUACGUCGAGUUCAAGAAGCGAGUCGCCAAGAUGGACGAGUUGAGGGAAGCCAAGGGCGGUGCUCGAAGCAACUAGACACGCAAUUGUGUGACUUGGGAUGUGCAGGAUGUGAUGUGUGAUAAGAACCGGCAUGACGGAGGUGACACACCGGCACACACAACACGCACGAGGUCAGUCACCGGGACGUGGGUGGUGGUGGUGGUGCCGGCCGGGAUUGUACAUAUACAAAUGAGCCAUUGCUUGGAGGAGAACCGGAAUAGAAAGACGGCUUUCCACACAC